GCACCAAGGGAAAGGGGGGUGAACAGAGCUUUGCUGAAAGGGACCCCUGAAGCUUACCCUCCUGGACUUAGGGCCAGGAAGGAAUUGACACUGCAGAUGGGCAAGGGGGGCCCUCGCCAUCCAGCCACCUGGUCUGGGCUCCCUCUCACAUUGCCUUCCUUUCAUCAAAUUUGGCUGGUAUUUGGGUCACCUAAUAUGUACCAAGCAGGCACUGUGGGGGAACACAGAUGCACAGGUGUACAUAGCAAUCCAGAGGCCCCACGCCAGACUCCAGGAAACCAUGACCUCCCUAGGGAAGCCGCAGUGUCACAUAGAAGUCACAUACAAGCAAAGAGUAUGUGAGGGUGGAAGGGGAACGCGAUAGCAAGGUAUAGCAAGGCAGGAGCCUGGAGCCAGCCCUGCAGAGCCAGCCAGGCCCUCUUGCUGCUGACAGUGAGGUUGUCAGAUGCUGCUUCCCCCUGGUGGCGACCGGCUGCCCUGCAACUCAGACCACGUGAUUUCUGGGAAAAGGACCUCCCUGGAGGAGAACUGAAACUUAGGGCGGAGACUAUAGGGAGGGGCGGAGAGAUUACGGAGCCGCCUAGCCAAGGAACUAAGCUGAGUUUCUCCGAGCCCCGGGACAGCCUGGACAGCAGCUCAGGAUGGCAUCAGGCAGGGUGCGCUGCACCCGAAAACUCCGCAACUGGGUGGUGGAACAAGUGGAGAGCGGGCAGUUCCCAGGGGUGUGCUGGCAUGAUACAGCUAAGACCAUGUUCCGGAUUCCCUGGAAGCAUGCAGGCAAGCAGGACUUCCGUGAGGACCAAGAUGCUGCCUUCUUCAAGGCCUGGGCAAUAUUUAAGGGAAAGUACAAGGAAGGGGACACAGGAGGCCCUGCUACCUGGAAGACUCGCCUGCGCUGUGCCCUCAACAAAAGUCCCGAAUUUGAAGAGGUUCCCGAGAAUGGCCGUAUGGAUGUUGCUGAGCCCUACAAGGUGUAUCGGCUACUACCGCCAGGAACCCUCUCUUCCCAACCAGGAACCCAGAAAUCACCAUCAAAGCGACACUACAGUUCUGUGUCCUCUGAGAAGGAGGAGGAAGAGGGUCCCAUGAAGAACUGCAUACCCAGUCCCUCCUUGCUUCAGGACCCCCUUGAUAAUGAGGAGGUAGGGGCCGCUGGGGGAGCAUCCCGUUCAGACAGCAACAGCAGCAGCAGCAGCAGCAGCAGCAGCAGUAGCAGCAGCAGCCACAGUCCUGAGCCACAGGAAGGUGCAGAUACAACUGAGGCCCCCUUUCAAGGGGAUCAGGUGUCUCCAGAGUUUCUGCCCCCUCCGGAGUCAGACUACUCGCUGCUGCUCACCUUCAUCUACAGCGGGCGCGUGGUGGGCAAGGCCCAGGUGCAGAGCCUGGACUGCCGCCUUGUGGCUGAGCCCUCAGGCUCCGAGAGCAGCAUGGAGCAAGUGGUGUUUCCCAAGCCUGACCCACUGGAGCCCACACAGCGCCUGCUGAGCCAGCUUGAGAGAGGUGUCCUGGUGGCCAGCAACUCCCGAGGCCUCUUUGCGCAGCGCCUUUGCCCCAUCCCCAUCUCCUGGAAUGCACCGCAGGCCCCACCUGGGCCAGGCCCACAUCUGCUGCCCAACAACGAAUGCGUGGAGCUCUUCAGAACUGCCUCCUUCUGCAGAGACUUGGCCAAUUACCUCCGGGGCCUGGGCCCCCAACCCAAGUUCCAGGUAACACUGAAUUUCUGGGAGGAGAGCCCUGGCCCCAGCUAUACGUCACAGAACCUUAUCACAGUGCGGAUGGAGCAGGCCUUUGCCCGACACUUACUGGAGGAGACUUCAGAGGAACAGGCAGCCAUUCUGUCCCUGAUGUAGAGCCUGGGGACCCACCUUCCACCUCACCUCUCUGUUCCUCCUGUCUCCUUUGAAAUAGACUCAUUCUCCACCCUGUUGGCCAACCCGCUUCCUUUGUGAUAAUUCUGAAUGGUUGACUGUGAUAGUUACAUCCUUGAGCUCUUCAUGCACGCUGGCUGGUGGAGAACUCAAGGAUAAUUUUUUUCUUUUUUUGUAAAAAAAUCUUUGAGAUAAACUGUCUUUCAUCUCUAAGGGACUGGGAAAUUCCAAAUAGUAGGAACUCAGGGGGCCUUUCCCUUUUCCCCUAAUCCCCAACUCUGAAGCCAAGCACUUUAUAUUUUCCUCUUAGAUCUUCACUAAGGAUUUAAAAUAAAAUGUUAAUGAAAGAGGAA